AUAGAAGAAGACGAAGGGGGUAAAUAGUAAAAAAGAUUAGCAAUGGUUAUCCUUUGAUAAUUGUGAAAGUCAUCUGAAACUAAAACCCAAAAUCUCUUUGCGCAGCUUCACCGGAAGAUGUUACAAUAAUGGUUCUGUUCCGCAAGUUCCUCAAAGCAAUACUCGCCGACAACACCCAAACCCAAACCCAAACCCAAACCAAAGCCCGAACCUUCCUCACCUCAAUAUACGCAUUCCCCUGGUACGCGCCUCACCACAACAACCGCCACUCCCGCUCAACAAACAAUUACAGAUUCCUCUCUCCCGGCCCAGGCCCAGGCCCAGGCUCAGGCCCUCUCUUCCUCACUCGUCCCCCAUGGAAACUCUCUCAAUCCGCCACCCCUCUCUAUUUGCACGAAAACGCCGUCGUUUUCCCCAAGGUCCACCCAUUCAAUUUGCUUCGCUACGCUCCUCCUCUCCCUCUCCCUCUCCGUUUCCCUGAUCCGGUUCCCUCCGUUUCCACCAAUCCUUCCCUUUUCCACAGCUUCGUCAAUCUCCCCAAUUUCAUAUCCUUCUCCCGAUUACUUUCCGGUCCUCUUCUCGCAUGGAUGAUCUCCAACGAGUUCUAUACUCCAGCAUUUGUAGGGUUGGCACUCUCUGGGGCCACUGAUUGGCUGGAUGGAUACGUGGCUCGGAAGAUGAAGAUAGAUUCCGUAGUGGGUUCCUACCUUGAUCCCCUUGCUGACAAGGUUCUUAUUGGUUGCGUUGCACUUGCCAUGGUGCAUAAAGAUCUACUGCAUCCUGGACUUGUUAGUCUUGUGGUGUUUCGGGACGUCUUCCUUGUGGGGGGUGCAGUAUUUCUAAGAGCAAAUAGCUUGGGUUGGAAGUGGAAAAGCUGGUUUGAUUUUUUUAACCUUGAUGGAACCGCCCGCCAAAAGGUUGAACCACUCCUUCUAAGCAAGGUGAAUACAGUGUUCCAAUUAGCUCUAGUUGCUGCUGCUCUUCUUCAACCAGAGUUUGGAACACAGGAAACUCAACCAUAUAUUACUUAUUUGAGCUAUUUAGUGGCUUCAACAACAGUGGCAACUACUGCAGCAUAUGGAGCACAAUUUAGGAGAAUUGCAGUAGUAUCAAACUCGGUCUAGUUGAGUUUUCAUUGAAUGCAGAAGGGGAUGGAGGGAUCAGCAUGAACUAGGACUCAUUGCACAGUUAUUUAUAACCAUAAUGAACAGGCUGUUUUCAAAUAUUGCCUUCUGAUACGAGUUAGCAUUAGUGUUUCAAGUUGUUACUGACAAAUUUUGGAUUUUUUUUUCUUCUGAAAUUCUGUGUUUGAGGAAAGUUUAAAACAUCGUGAUUUUAAUUUAUUUGAUCAAGUCACAGGAAAGCCAAAUUAUAACCUGAA